CUUCGUAGAUCCCGGAGUCUUAUAUCUCCUUCCUCGUUCUCCCUCGGCGAACACCAUGAGCGAGAGCUAGAAGAGCAUGUUCAUGUUGGUCUGAGAUCUCCAGCAUCGAUUCCUCUUUCCUGGUUGGGUUCAAAGUGUGGGAUCCGCCAUGAUCACCGGGAAGGACAUUUACGACGUGCUGGCGGCGGUGGUGCCGCUGUACGUGGCGAUGAUCCUCGCCUACGGCUCGGUGCGGUGGUGGAAGAUCUUCACCCCCAACCAGUGCUCCGGGAUCAACCGCUUCGUCGCGGUGUUCGCCGUCCCACUCCUCUCCUUCCACUUCAUCUCCACCAACAACAUCUACGCCAUGAACUUCCACUUCAUCGCCGCCGACUCGCUGCAGAAGGUGGUCAUCCUAGUGGCGCUGUUCCUGUGGCACAACCUCUCCCGACGCGGCAGCCUCGACUGGAGCAUCACCCUCUUCUCCCUCUCCACUCUCCCCAACACCCUGGUGAUGGGCAUCCCCCUCCUCCGGGCCAUGUACGGCGACUUCUCCGGCAACCUCAUGGUUCAGAUCGUGGUGAUGCAGAGCGUCAUCUGGUACACCCUCAUGCUCUUCCUCUUCGAGUACCGCGGCGCCAAGGCCCUCAUCUCGGAGCAGUUCCCCGCCGACAUCACCGCCUCCAUCACCUCCUUCCGCGUCGACUCCGACGUCAUCUCCCUCAACGGCAGGGAGCCGCUGCAGGCCGACGCGGAGGUCGGGCAGGACGGGAAGGUCCACGUGGUCGUCAGGAAGUCGAGCUCCUCCAUCGCACGAUCCAUGGCGUCCUCCUACAACAAGUCUCACGGACUCAACUCCAUGACUUCCAUGACGCCGAGGGCCUCCAAUCUCACUGGCGUCGAGAUAUACUCCCUGCAGUCGUCGAGGGACCCGACGCCGAGGGCGUCCAGCUUCAACCAGACUGACUUCUACGCCAUGUUCUCGAGCAAGGUCACCAGCCCGAGGGCAGCCGGGUGCAACGUCGAGGACGACGGCGGGGUCAAGCCGGGAAAGCACAGAGGGAGCGGGAGCAAGAGCAGCGAGUUCAUGAACGGGGGGCUAUACACCACCUCGUCUUCCUCCUCCUACCCAGCUCCCAACCCCAUGCUCUCUGGCCUGUCUAGCGGGGCCAAGGAGGGCGCCGCCGCCGCGGCCAAUGGCAACAAGGAGCUCCACAUGUUCGUGUGGAGCUCCAGUGCUUCCCCGGGCUCGGAGGCCAACCUAAGGAACAUAGUGAACCGAGCUGCCUCCACAGAAUUCGGGAUCGUGGAUCCUCCCAAGGCCGCCGCCCACUUCCAAGAAAACCCUACUCCCAAAGGCGUGCAUGCAACCAGCGGCAACGCCAGCCCGACAAAGAAGGCGGGAGCAGCGGCAAGCGGGGAGUUGGACAUGGAAGACGGCCGGAAAAGCCACGGUGGGAAGUUCCCGACAAACACGUCACCGUACGUGACGCAGAAGAAGGGGGUGGACGCCGGCGGCGCACCGGGCCUGGUGGAGAGCAGCCACCGGAUGCCGCCAGCCAGCGUGAUGACCCGACUCAUAGUCAUCAUGGUUUGGAGGAAGCUCAUCCGGAACCCUAACACCUACUCCAGCCUCAUCGGCCUCAUCUGGUCCCUCGUAUCCUUCAGGUGGAACAUCGAGAUGCCUACGAUAAUAAAAGGUUCGAUAUCAAUACUAUCUGAUGCAGGACUGGGAAUGGCCAUGUUCAGUUUAGGUCUUUUCAUGGCACUCCAACCAAAGAUCAUUUCAUGUGGGAAGUCGGUGGCUGCUUUCUCCAUGGCGGUCAGGUUCUUGACAGGCCCAGCAGUGAUCGCAGCGACGUCCAUCGCCAUUGGAGUCCGUGGAGUUCUGCUGCAUGUGGCCAUUGUCCAGGCAGCUCUACCCCAAGGAAUUGUCCCAUUUGUGUUCGCCAAGGAGUACAAUUGCCACCCUGACAUACUUAGCACUGCGGUUAUCUUUGGCAUGCUCAUCGCCCUACCCAUCACAAUCCUCUACUACGUUCUCCUGGGAGUGUAGGAUGCUGCAACUUUGAAGAGGGCGAAGGAGAAGAAGGAAUAGGAGAUAACAUGACGCUCUGCAUUUUUCCUUAGACUAGAUUUGUUUAUUUCUUAGGAUGCGAAUUGUCCACCCUAAGGAAAGGACUUAGUGCUCAUAUAUAUAUUUUAUCUUGCAUGGUGAA